AGAUGUAGCAUUGAGGAAUUCUAGGUCCCCGUAAUGCGCAACAGAAUGCGCAUUUUACAUUAAUCCUCAGGCUUUCUCUUAAUAACAUGAAAUAUAUUCAAUUUCUACAUCAUCAACUAUUAAUAUAUCAUAUUUAUAAAUGUGAAUAUAAAUACGGACACAAAUCAAGUAAAUCCGGUUAUAGAGGUAAAGUACCUAAGGAAAGGAGGAGGUGGAUAUGCCCUUGUAAAGUUUGUGAAAAGAGGUGUUAUAUUGUACCGACGUUUCAGAAGCUGAACCUCGGAGAUUUAUUCUGUAAACGUGGUGCAGGUAGCACAUCCACAAAUUGUUUCUCCUCCGCUCCGAUAGGGAAGGACUUUGCUUCAACUUCUUUAUAUAAGGUUAGUAUAUAUAUAUACCUCCUAUAUAAGUCGCUCUUGGAUCAGACAAGGUAUCACGUCACAACUUAUUAUUAUAAGUUGCAAAGUUUCUAUAACAGAGCCAGGCACCAGCAGCCCGAAAAUAAGGAUGGCGAUAAGAGGGGCUGGACCCCUGAGGGUGGUGGACGAACAGAAACACGCAGAAUUUGGUAUUACUAUUCGAGGGACGGCGCAACCCACAGGUGGAGGCCGUUGAUCUCGUGGGAAGUGGGCUGGCGGGUUGAAGCUACGUUCAUGCAAUGCAUCUCUGGCAAUAUUAUAAAAGAGUUGGGCCUAUGCAAAUCCGGUUGGUAAUUCCGAACUAAUGUUGCGAUAAGUGACAAGGUCCGAGCAAGAUGCUAACUGUUUACGAAAUAUUAUCUUGCAGAACUAAUAAUUAAUACAUGCAU